AUGUCCUCCUCGUCCUACAGCGCCACCCCACUCGCUGAAAUCGACCUACCCGGGCUCGCCGCCUCCCGCUUCCUCCUCCGCGAGGCGCGGCUGCUGCCGUACCGCGACGCCAAAGGCAACGUCAACCUGCACCUCUGCCGCCAGUCGGCGCGGCAGCUUGAGGGGAUGCCUCCCGGCAGCGGCGCGCUCGCCGCAGCGGACAAGCCGGCGCUCACCUCGAAGCUGAACACGUGGCUCCGGCACGUCGAGCGGUGGGCACGCUCUCCGCAGCAGACGCAGCAGGCCGGCGCCCGGCUCCGUCCGGCGUUCGUCGGCGUGGCCUCCGACGGCUCACCCGCUGCGGCGGGCGAGGUGUCGGGCGGCGCGGGUUGCGGCGGCGGCAAUGGUGGCGGCGGCGAGGCCGACAGCGAGGAGGACGUGGACAGCGAGGAGGACGACACGCCGCUCUCGUCCCGCCCGAGCGUCGCCCUUCAGGGCGCUCGGCCGGUGCGAGCGGCGGCGCAGGGCGUGGGCGCGUCCCACGGUGGCGAGUCGGACGAUGACGAGAAGACGGUGGGUGGGGGUAGUGGGGGCGAUGCGGGCUCGCCGGACGCAAUCGCCGACGGAGGCGCCCCUGGCGGCGACCACUCCUGCCACGCCGCGGGCAGCCGUGGCCUUGACGGGCUUCUUGGGUGGCACCCCUCUGGCGGUACGGGGCAUGGAGACGCCUCCCUCGGGGCGGACGACUCUCGCUUUCUGGCCGAGCUCGCGGCGCCGGCGGCGGGCGGCGUCAGGCUGCACCUCAGCGCGCGCUCGCAGACGGGCUACAAGGGCGUGACCGCUGUCGCGUGCCGCGGCGGCUUCAAGGCGCAGGUGAGCGAAGGCGAGCGCGGCAAGACCUUCCGCCACCUCGGACUCUUUGCCACCAAGGCGGAGGCGGCGGCGCGCGCCCUCCUCGAGCCCAAGGUGUCUCGAGUGGCAGCUCCUUCGCCUACCAAGGCGGAGGCUGACGCGGCGGCGGCGGCGCACGAGGAGGCGCGACGGGCCCUCCUCUCCGAGCCGCUGCUCGAGGAGGCGGAGGGGGUGAGGCUGCACCUGAGCUCAAAGUCGGAGACGGGCUACCGCGGCGCGGCCGUGGCGUACGCGCGGGAGGCGGCGAGGCCACGCGAGCCCAAGUUCGAGCCGAGGCCGCGAAGCGACGCGACGCGCGAGAAGCAAAACGGCCAGAAGAAGCGGAAGCGGCAAGAGCGGCAAGAGGCGCGGCGGGACGCGCGCGUCGCCCCUGCCGAGACUAUCACAGAGACGCCUCUCUCGGGGCCUUCUCUGAACCGCCUCGGAACCGCCUCGGAACCGCCUCGGAGCAUUCCCCUCGGAACGACCUCGUACUUCCUCUUCUUCCACGCGACCAAGUCCGCGGUGCAGCAAGCGCAUGCCGAGAGCCGCGCGGCGGGGCGUGCUGCGGCCGGUGUCGCAGGCAACGGAGGCGCCGACGGUGGCGAUGUCGACGGCGGCGGCGGCGGCGGCGGCGGCGCCCGCCUGUACUUGGACGCGAAGGAGCUGGCCAAGAUUGUCGGGGAGCGGUGGCGGGCGCUGAGCGACGAGGAGAAGGCGCCGUGGGCCGAGCAGGCGAGGGUGGACCGUGCGAGGUACGAAGAGGAGCUCAAGGCGCACAUCGACGCCCACGCCGACGGCGGCGCGUCGGCGCAGGCGCAGGCCGACCCCGCCACGGAGCAGGAGGAGUUCGAGUUGCUCUCUGGCUCUCUGCAGGAGCGCGCACAGGCGCGCGGACGCGGCGAUGGAGGCGCGGCGGGCGAGGAGCAGGAGGCGGCUGGGGCGGGGGAGACGCGGGCGGAGGAGGCGGCGGAGGAGAAGGCGGAAUCGAUGGAGGAGGCGACGGAGGAGGGGGGCGAGGGGGCGGAGGGGGCGGAGCCGAUGGAGGAGGCGGGGGCAGAGGCGGAGGAGGCGGAGGCGGAGGCGGAGGCGGAGGCGGAGGAGAUGGAGGAGUCGGAGGAUGAGGCGGAGCAGGAGGACGCAGAGGACGACGCGGAGGAGGGCGAGGGCGAGGGCGAGGGCGAGGGAGAGGGCGAGGGCCGCAGCGGCGGCGGCGGCGGCGAGGCCGACAGCGAGGACGAUGUGGACAGCGAGGAGGACGACACGCCGCUCUCGUCCCGGCCGAGCCUGGUCUAA